AUUAUCCCCUGGAUUUUCAAACGAUAAUUUCUAGCUGGCAGCCAGUAGCUGCUGGCGCCUCGUAGCACAUCGAAUAGAUAUUUGGGACCCAUCGUUUGGACCGAAGCCUUUGGGUUUCAUCAUUUGCGCAGCGUCCUCGUCGUCAUUUGACAAUCCCUUCGUCUCCAGACAAGACACUAUGAUCAAACUAGGAUCACAGAGGAUAUCUGAGCGGCAAACACGACGACCGAAAUGAAUCUGCAGCUUUCUGAUUAGUCAAUUUCUGCUCCACUUCAACUUCUAAUGUCCACCACACCACAUACAUAUUUCACAUUCGUUAGUUUUCAUGAUGUCUUCCUCGAAGGCUCCUGCAUCGGAGCCUUCCCCAACGCCCCCACCACUCACGUGUGCCUGCAAACGAGAACGAUGCGACAAGUGUCACCUCUGCAGUCGUUGUGGCUGUGAACAUGAUGGCAUCCCCAUCGCUGAGAAGGUUAAACGCGGUCGCGGCCGACCCAAGCGAACGGAGCCAAAACCCAAAGAAAAGAAUACAAACGGCGCAACAGUCGACCGUAGCGACCCCAGCACAAGACUUGAUGGACGUGCACGUCGAGCUGCAACGCUGAGCCAAACGUACGAGGAAGAGGAAGACCCAGAACCGGAUCCGAUCCCGAAAGAGUGGACGCUUCUACCACACCGAGAGAUCUUACGGUUCUUUGGAGACGACGAAAAAGCCGUUAAUAACUUUUCCAACCAUUGUGGUUCUGCGGUCUUUCGCCACAAUGUAGACACGUGGAAGACUACAGAAGACCCGCAUUACGGCAAAUCCGUUGUGUUUAGGAUGUAUGAGAAGAUCCUGCGACUCGUAGCUGAAUCGGUUUGCGGCCGUGAAGCCGCUGAUGCAUCAGUUGUUGCUUUUCUGCAGAAGAUAUCAUCUAAAACGGCGUUUAGCUCGUCGACUAAAGAAGUAUCCGAGGUUUUCCAGCCAUUAGCUUGGGUGAUGAUGGCAACCAAGAGAAAUUCGAUCGAAAGACGCACUGCGCGAGCGAUGCUGUGUGGAAUAUUCAAAUUCAGUGAAAUGAGUCGAAUGGAGAAUGAGGUGCCAGGUUUUCACGUCGGGAAAAGCUCGUAUUCCCGAGGCAAAGAGGAUUUUAAAACGUUGGUGAAAGACGGAGUGUUGGAGACUGAAAUACGCUCAGUAGAGCGAAUCGACCAGAAUCUGGUCGCUGAAGUGAUCACGUCUAUUGUGUCCUGUGACAACGUGACGUAUCGUUUGGGGGAGACCAAGCGGAUUGUGCUAGAUGGACGGUAUUACGAUGUGCCGGCCUUGAGACGAAGAACCUUUUUGAGCGUCAUGUGGGAUCUCUAUGUGAAACAAACUGGGGACGCUCGUGUGUCUCGCUCAGGGUUUUACCGAGUGUGUCGUGUGCUUACUCGUGGAGACGAUGACAAGUGCACUGAAGUGCGUGGAUUGCUUGUGGAUGACAGUUUUUCGACGAUGAAAAGGAUUAUCUCGGAUUUUAUACCUGAUGAGAGUGUGGAACUGAUUCGGUGUCUGACUGUACUUGGCUAUUGGCUGGAGUAUGGAUGCUUUACUGAUGCUCUGGUGGAAUCAAACCUGGUUACAGUAAACUGCCCUCGUCAUCAGUCUGCGUUUGGAUUGGCUGCACAGGAUGCAUCCAUUUCGAGAGGUGUUUGCUGCGCACCUUGCGAGGGGAUGAAUACAUUGUUUACUUACAUUGACAAAACAGUGAAGAGCAACGGCGGCGAUACAGCGACGAUGUCUGUUGUACACAACUGUUUUGAGAAAAUCGAGCUGUAUAUGGCUCAUCGCCUACGUGUAGUGCAUCAAGAGCGAGCGGUGCUGAAGUUACUGGAUAGCGCACAAAUGCAAGCGAUGCAAGGCGAAGGCCUGGACGAAGCUGUCGUCACUAUUGACUUUAAACUGAACACAGAGCCGGUUCGUUUCUGUAACAAUAAGGUGGAACAUGCCUGGGAAUCCGGGUUACGUUGGCAUGGAGCAAUGGUGCACUUUUGGACUGCUGAACCAGAAGUAACAGAGAAGUUAUCUGAGCAAAAACUCUACUACAACUACAUAGCCAAUGCCGGUGACAGUCAACCUAAAUUCGCUGUGGCAGCUUUGAUCGAAGCUGUGCUGACGGAUAUCAAGCGCGAUUUACCUCACAUUAAGCGCAUUGUGGUGCGCAGUGACAACGCGACCUGUUACCAGCAUGCGUUCGUUGCUGUACUGCUUCCGAUUCUGGGCUGGUCUAACGGUAUCGAGAUCACGAGAUUCAUCCAGACUGAAGUUGAAUCCGGCAAGUCGUUACUUGGUGCACAAUUUGCACGCGCAGCUACUCAUGUGAAUGCCUGGGUUCGACAGGACCAUGACUGCACGACACCUAGUCAACUUGUAGCUGCGCUUAUUUCGGAUGGUGGGAUGCCCGAUACAACAUCCGAGGCGGUCGAAUACGAUCGUGGAUCAUUACAGCUUCUGUCUGACAAGGUUGGGGGGAUGGAGAAGUCUUUUGCUGCUCUUGUAGGGAAAGUGAACGACAUCUUGUACGAGUACGAUCACUCGACGUUCAGCUCUAGAAAAGACACGUCAGUUUUUGAUGUGAGAAGCUGUCCUACUGUUUUUGCCCGUGCGUUCAAAUAUUCUGAAAUUGGUUUGGGGAAAUUAGUGGAGAUCGAUAUGACGAUAGGAGUCUGCACGCUUCAAGCUUGUGAAGAUGAAGACGCGAUUGAACCUUAUGACAGUGAAGACCCGAUUUGCGAAUCUAACUGGGAGCAGAGUGCGAACACUGAGGACGAUGGAGACGGAGACAACGAAGACGACUCGGAGCUUAACUUGUCCUCUGAAGUGGUGCUACCUCGGUGUGCAGUCGGUCUCGUUACUGGUGUUAGGGUGGUUUGCGAUGCACAAAUUCGUCGCAGAACUCGGAAAUUACCGUGCUCACCCGAUGCUGUCUCCGAUUUACCAGCUAGUCGGGAACCAGUACGCACCAAUGAAAAGAAUAUGGUAACCUGGGCCAAACAGUACCUCAUUGGUCUGAAGAAUGACCACUCACAUGGAGCAGUGGACGUGUCAAACCUGUCCAAAGAGAUGACCACGCUGAGAUAUCGCUUUCCUGACGUGAACACCGUCACCCAGUCACGACUCCAGCAAGGCUGGGCUCAAAGACCGGCGAAAGAAAGGAUGGACAGUGUGAGGUGCAUUCCUAGGUAUAUGAACGAUGUCAACACUUUGUUGAAGCGAGGAGGCUCAGAUCGACACGAUAAAAUGGGACCAAAACGGAUAGUGGAAGUGCUGCGUUCGUGGAAUACUACGAGUUAUGAUAUCCCUGGCGAGAAUGAGGUUCGAGCCAUGAUUUCUCAGUUGCGUGUUGAAAACCGAAAGCGUGGAGCUCCCACCGAAGAUCCCAAACCCCGGAAGAAACGGAAGAUGGAGCAGAAGUACGCUGAUUUUCUGCAAGAACUUGUUACUACGAAUCCUCAGAUUGGACGGAAGGAGGCUGUACCGCUCUUCCGCAAGAAAUUCCCUGAAGCCACGACGCUCUAUUCGGAUGUUCGUUUGAAAAGCAAAAUCUCGAUUCUCAAAGGUAUGCUCUCGAAGGCUGCGACUAACGCGCAGUCGUGAGUUUGGAAUUCUUAAGUGGAAAAGCUGCCUGGGCGCAGUUGAAUAUGUUUUCAUGUGAAAGAAAUCAAUCCAGUGUACGAAGGGUGUAAAUUGAUAUGAAUCACACUGGAAUGCCAGAAAAAAAAAGAUUGGUCUUGGUUCUAGGAACGGGCCUAAAAAGUUGUACUGGCUUCAGAUAGUGGUUUAAUAUGAAAAAAAAAAACACAUCAAGGAUAGACGACAACCAACAGAUCCAUCUGUGGUGUAAUACAACUGGCUCCACCCCUGAGCUUUGAAUCGCUCACAAGAAGCGACCACGAGUGUGAGCAAAUUGGUCCAGCUCGGGCUCCUUCGGCACGAACUUCACCGCGUGAUUAAUCUUCGCCUUCACCUCUGGCGUGAUCUUGCUCACCACAUCGAGCGCCUUCAAGUUCUCCUCCAACUGGGAUGGACGACUCGCUCCCAACAGAACAGUCGACACGUUUCCAUUAGCCACCGCCCACGCGAUCGACAUCUGUGCGAGGGAGACACCAAGUUCUUUCGCGAUUGGCAGCAACUUGUCGGCCAUCUUGACACGCUCGUCGAACCCCUCCGAGAAGGGACCCGACGUAAACAUGGGGGUGGUGAACCGAGAUCCUUCUGGCUUGCCUGCACUGUACUUGCCCGUCAACGUGCCAUAGGCCAGCGGGGAGAAGGUCGUGAGGCCCAGCUUGUAUUUUUUGUACAAAUCCACGAACUCGAACUCCGCCUUGUUGCGUUCGAAGAUGUUGUACUGCGGUUGCUCAACGAUGGGGCGAACCAAGCCCAGACGGUCUGCAAUCUCGCACGCUUCACGGAUGUCCGACGCCAGCCAUUCACUGGUUCCCCAGUAUAAGGCCCAGCCUUGGUUGAUCACGUAGUUCAUAGCACGCACGGUCUCUUCAAUUGGAGUAUAGGCAUCGAAGCGGUGACAGAAGACCACAUCGACGUAGUCGAGCUGCAAACGUCUCAGCGACGCCUUCAGCCCCUCCACGAUGUGCUUGCGACUGACGCCCUCGUCGUUGGGCCCCCCUUGGUUGAAUCCCUUGGUACCGGUGAACAAUUUGGUGGAGAUGACGAGGUCCUCACGGCUCCAGACUCCUUCGGCGAUGCCUUUCUUGAUGGCACCUCCCAGCAGUUCUUCGGCCUGACCGCUGCCGUACAUUUCCGCCGUGUCGUAGAAGUUGACACCAUGCUUGAAGGCAAUCUUCAUCAUGUCAUACCAGCUGUCCACCGUGUACUUCUCGUUGUAGUCCACCCAGGACCCGAGUGCCAGCUUGGAUACCAAUAGGCCCGAGUUACCGAGGGAUCGGUGCGUCAUCUUUGUGGGAGAGUUCGGAGCCAUCGUUUGGUCUUGGUCGUAAUUUCUUGAAGUAGCUUGUGGAGAGUGCAGCAAAUUGCAGAAUGAACGAGUAGCAUUGACUCAGCGUUGGUGGCGAUACAGUGCAACAUUUGGUCGAGUAAAUCUACACGAAAUGUCAUUGUCAACGAAUCUUGAAGGUUAAUCCAUCGAGUCGAAGUACAAGUAGCCCAUGACACGACAUGUAUUCCACUGAUGGACGUGCGACUUCGACAAGUGAAGGUUGAACUCUCUUACCCUGUACUUCACUUUGUACUGUGCGGCAGCGAUUGUUUCUACCUGAGUCAGCAUUGUUGACGCACAAUGGAUUCUACUUUUGGUCUGCAUAAACCAAAAUACAAAGUCUGAGGCGCCUUUGGGUUCUGGUUUCUGGUUUCU